CCGAGAUGUAAAUCAGUAUGAUCUACAGGGCGAUAACCGGAGAAACCUAAUCCAGUCCGAUACUGGUAGGGCUGCGCCGACUCUACCAGGAUGCGCUGAUGUGAAACUUUGGAUCCUGCUCGAGGAAUUAGAUAUAUCCGCUAGGUUGUAGGCAGCUCCAGGUUCAUCUCAUGACCCUCAACUUGAUGAUCACGCAUAUCAAACUUUGGUAGAAAUGGAAGUUGAAACGAUAAUACCAUAUGAGCUCUAUUCGGACGCGCCAGGCAUCCUUUUCAACAAGGCCGAAUGGGAUGCUGCCCAUGCGGCUCAUCCCCACGACUUUGACUUCGGCUCAGUGCCGAAAGGAUGGCGAACUGAGCUAAAGGGCCCGCAAGUCUGGACGGGAGAGUACUUGAGCCAAAAUCCUCACCUAUACAUCCGCGAGAUCACAUCGGUGGAGAUCGCUGAGGUCGAUGCUGCGAUUCAGUUAUGGAAAGAAUUGGCUCUGCCGUUGUUAAAGCUCAACCGGGAACGCUUCAGCCUCCCAAAUUUUGGCCGGGUCCUGCAAGAGCUAGCACAUAACAUAUACCACGGGGUGGGAGUUCAGGUGCUUCGAGGAUUCCCUAUUCAAUCAUACAGCAAAGAAGAUCAGAUUAUAGCAUUCCUCGGUAUCAACUCGUGGGUUGGAGACGAGAGGCUGAACCAAGGUGCCGACAGAGGUCUAUGCCAUAUCAAGAGCAUAACCCACAUCGAUCCCUCGAAGCGCGGAAAGAUCUACGUUUCCGCACAGGACACCAACGCUCAGAUGUACCAUAGCGAUGCCGGAGGCGACAUUGUCAGCCUCAUGGCGGUGAGCCUAUCUGGCACCGGCGGCGCAUCGACCCUCGCUAGCUCCUGGCAGGUGUAUAAUCAUCUGGCUAAACACAGACCGGACAUCCUCAGGAUCUUGGGUCAGAGGAAGUUCCGUUGGCAAGCUAACGGUAUACCCGACGAGGGAGUUAAUCUCAUUCAUCAAGACAACGGGAAGCUAUUUCUCAACUUUUCUACUCGAACAUUCAUCGGAUAUGGAGAGAUCCCCGAUAGGGAUACCCGAUACCCAUCCCUGACGUUUGAGGAACGGGAGGCGUUCGGUGGUUGGCAGUGGGUCGCAGAUCAGCACAGGCUCGAGACCGAGCUCCAACCUGGUGACAUUGAAUGGGUGAACAAUUUGCACCUUCAACACGCCCGACGGGGCUUCACCGAGGACAUAUCUCGACCGCGCCACCUGCUUCGCGUCUGGCUACGCAACUCGGAGCUAUCUCCACGUAAUCUGCCUCUCGACAUUCGGCGGAAGUUCGACGCAAUGUUCAGUCAGCCGCCCACUUUCUACCCGGUCGACGAGAUGGAUGAGGACGAAAGGCGACGGGCUACUGGGAUAUUCACUGGUUCAUGCAAGACGGAAGAUGCCGGUGAGAGAUUAGUGAAGGGUGGCAUUGGAGCAAAUAACACGACAUCUAUCAGGUAGAAGUAUGGUUCUGAGGCUUCUAAUUCGUUCAGGCGAUAUGAUACUCUCCUAUAAAUCAAAUUGUGACUCC